AUGACCUACCUGCUCUUUUACGGACUACUAUUGUCCGUGAUCAUUUCUGGGACUGCGCUCUACCUCACCCGAUCACGUUGGAUUCAUUUACUUCCUGUCCCAGACUACAUCUAUCAUCGCCUGCCCUCGAGCUUCACGGCCGACCUAGAAGCCGGUCUGAACUCGUCACAAUUCAAUAUCACCUCGAACAUUAUAGACGGUGAUCAACGAGGGGGGCUGGAUCUACAGGCGAAACAAGAAAUUCGAAAGAUUAUGAAGCAUCGCAAGGUGGAUUUUGAUGAGGCUCGGCGGAUCUAUACCCAGCAGCGUUUCGCCAAAAAUAAUAUCGGUCCGGAUGGCCGGCCUCGAGAUCCGAAGUUCGUCUCCUUUUCAUAA